GGCCUCGAGGGCUGAACGUUGGCGUCCUCGCCCUUCAUCUUCCAGGGGGUGAUGCCAGGCAUCCCUCAUCCCCUCCUUUGACUGCUGGGACCUGCUGGGGAAGAAGGCACAGCAGAAUCCCUGCCACCUUCAGCCCAGGCCUGACCCAGCGGUCCAGAAGUGACAAAUGGCGAGCAAAAAGCGUGAAGUCCAGCUACAGUCAGUCGUCAAUAAUCAGAACUUGUGGGAUGAGAUGAUGCUGAACAAAGGCUUAACAGUGAUUGAUGUUUACCAAGCCUGGUGUGGACCCUGCAAAGCCGUGCAACCUUUAUUCAGAAAACUAAAAAAUGAACUGAAUGAAGAUGAGAUCCUUCAUUUCGUCGUUGCUGAAGCUGACAACAUUGUGACUCUGCAGCCAUUUAGAGAUAAAUGUGAGCCUGUGUUUCUCUUUAGUCUCAAUGGUAAAAUUGUUUCCAAGAUUCAGGGUGCAAAUGCACCACUUAUCAAUAGAAAAGUCACUGCCUUGAUAGAAGAAGAGAGGAAAGUUGUAGCCGGUGAAAUCGCUCGUCCUCAGUAUGCUGAAAUUCCACUAGGAGAUCUAAGCGAUGAAGAAUAUGGGGAAGCACAGUAUGAAAGUGCUGUGGAAGUUUAUAAUAUGGCAAUUAUCAAACCUGAUGCUGUACUCAGGAGAAAACAUAUAGAAGUUAAGGAAAAAAUAACCAAAGAAGGCUUUGUCAUAGAAGCACAGGACAACAUGAUUCUCCCUGAAGAGGUAGUGAGGGAAUUCUACAUUCAUAUAGCAGACCAGCCUGACUUUGAAGAGUUUGUAUUCACUAUGACAAAUGGCCUAAGCUGUGUGCUCAUUAUAUCUCAAGGAGAAGACUCAGAGGAGGAGGAAACUCUGCCUCAGAAUGAGGCAGAAGAAGAAGAACUCAAGGUUCUGGAAGAGCCUCACGUUAGGUUCGCGUCUGUGACGAUGAAGAAACGGGACAGUUUGCAAGAGUAUAUGGACCGGCAGCAUAUGUCUGAUUACUGUGAUGUGGAGGACAACGUGGUUAUGGUUUCUAAGUUCAUUGACAUAUUAUUUCCUGCUUUUAAAGCCAUGAAAAGCAUGAAUGUACAAAGGACGCUAGCAUUACUGCAUCCAGAUAUCUGUGAGGAAGUGAAAGAUGAUGUGUUGGACAUUAUUCACAAUGAAGGGUUCACCAUACUGAUGCAGAGGCAAAUGGUAUUAUCAGAGGAAGAUGCAAGAUCAGUGUGCAAGAUCUAUGAAAACGAAGACUAUUUUGAAACUCUUAUAGGAUACAUGAUCAGUAAUCAAUCUUCUAUCCUUGCUCUACGGAGGGAAAAUGGCGUGGAAUAUUGGAAAGCAUUAAUUGGGCCAAAAACUAUUGAGGAAGCUUUUGCAUCUCAUCCAGAGAGUUUAUGUGUACAGUUUUCAUCAGGAAAUUUUCCUAUCAACCAGUUCUAUGGGAGCAGUUCAAAAGAAGCAGCUGAGAAGGAAAUAGAGCACUUCUUCCCUCCUCAGAGGACGCUCGCAUUGAUCAAGCCUCAUGUGACACACGGAGAAAGAAUGGAGAUCCUGAAGACCAUUAAAGAGGCAGGAUUUGAGCUGACCCUGAUGAAGGAAAUGCACCUGACUCCAGAGCAUGCAAGCAAAAUUUAUUUCAAAAUAACAGGAAAGGAGUUUUAUAAAAAUGUAUUGGAAGUAUUAUCUUCGGGCACGUCAUUAGUCAUGGCUCUGACCAAGUGGAAUGCUGUUGCAGAAUGGAGGCGAAUGAUUGGCCCAGUAGACCCAGAAGAAGCAAAACUGCUCUCCCCAAAUUCCCUCCGAGCCAAAUAUGGGCUAGACAUUUUGAGAAAUGCUGUGCAUGGGGCAUCUAACCUGUCUGAAGCAGAAAUCAGCAUUAAUAAUGUGUUCACAGAGGAUAAUACUGAAGACUAGGACAAAUACUAGAGACUACUGAGUGAGAUUCACACUUUAUAUGCAAUUCCUCUGCUCCCUGCAACCUACCUUGAACGCCACUCAUAACACAUGAUUAGGACGUCUUGAUGGGGCAGGAUGUGUGGACACUGGCAGGAGGAAUUGGUGAUGAGAGGGACUUGCGUUCGCGGGAUAGGUGACGAAGACUUGAAGAUCUCUUUUACGUCUACCACAGUUGUGACUUCAUUGCAACCACUCCUCUGGACAGCUUUUAUUUUGGCAUGAAUAACUGCAAUCAAAAACUCAAGUAAGUAUUGUUAUGGAAGCCUUUGGGAGAAACUAGAGACAGUGUUUUGGGGCCAAAUCCAGAGUUUUUCUUAAAGUGUCAUUUCUGUAAUUAAGAUCAUGCUCAAGAAGCCCCAGGAUAGGCAGAAAGCCCACAAAACAUCUAUGGUCAACAUUGUCUGAAGAAGUAAUGAAUCACACCACAAAAUGAGAAGGUUAUUAGAAGGCCAAUGUUAGUCUGGAAUUGGGUUUAUAGAUUAACCAGAUAUUUUGUAAACAUUUUUUAUCUGUUUCUACUUGCCCUCUGAUGCAUUGAAGGAUAGGCAUAUUACCAGCUUUGGAGGCCAAGGUGAAUUUUGUAUUCAUUCAGUAAUCCAUGCUACGUUUAAAUUACUUUUUUUUACAGAGGAAUUCAUUAGUCAUAACCGCCAGGUCCCUAGGGAAUGCUGGCUUUUAUCUAACCACCAGAAAUCCUCUCAUAGUUCAGGCUGAGCUCAUUUCUAGAUAUUUGGACACCCUGAGAGCUAACAUUAACAUAUUCCAACUACAAGGACUGUGAAAGUUGCUGUUCUCAGUUCAUUAAUGCCACAUGAUAAUGCAAGUUUCAGGGGGUGGGGAUACGGUGAUCAUUACAGGUGGAUGCCCAGGUCACCACCUUUAAUCAAGUUUUAAGUUCUGAAUUCUUUGGAUCUUGCUACUACUUCAUACUUCUAGUGGAGUUGCAGAUCAGCCCAAAACAGGACAGUUUUGAAUUUCACCAUAGGAAGCUGCUUGAAGAGCAGCCAAAAGCACACCAAGUGAAGAAUUCAUUAUCAAUACAGUACCCCUGAGAUAAUGGUGGCAGGGAAACUCUGGUUAGACCCAGUGGGGGAUCCUGGCAGAUGGUUAGACCCAGUGGGGGAUCCUGGCAGAUAGUUAGACCCAGUGGGGGAUCCUGGCAGAUGAUGGCACUAAGCAGGACAGAUUAAGACAAUAUCCACAUAGAACAUGUUUCAAGGAAAAAAAACUAUUUGGAAGAAAAAGAAUUUUUCUGUAAUUGAAUUAUCCACACUGUUUAUUCAUGACUCUAAAGUUUGACAGCCAAACUACAGGUUAUUUCCCAGGAGUUCCAUAUCUCUCUUACUUUCUAAAUAAUCUAAUCUAAAGUUUUUUUUUUUUACUGAUACAUUAUUUCAGUUAAAAUAUGAAAACCAAGUUGAUGAAGAAUCUAUGUAUCUUUCCUGUUAUUUUUUGUCCUUGUUACUUUAAGAAAAAUUUAAAAGUUUAGAAAUGCAAUAAAAUAUUAAAUAGCCCAAG